GUAUCCAAGGCGUGGAAGUGUCUAGAUUGCUCUCCAGUUACGAAUGUACCCAUGAAACGUGACAAUAGUAAAAUUUCCUCUGUGCAGACGACAUGUUUUGAAUUGUUGACAUGACUGUCCUCACUCAGCAUAAUUGUGAUACAUUACAGUUUUCAGUAAAGACUAUGGGCGAUUGGUUACACUGUAAUACUUGCUAUAAACAGCCUGGAGAUGGUAGGGGCUAUUUUCUCACCAACUGUGGUCAUUUAUAUUGUGAAGGAUGCCAGAACAAAGGUUGGAUGGAAAAAUGUCUUCUCUGUGGAACAAAUAAACCAUCAGCACUAAAACUGACUUCAAAGCUAACCCCACCAGUAGAUGCUUAUUUUGCAGAACCAAUUAAAAUGUUGAAGCAAAUCUACUCUGAGAUGAAACAAGUUAUUGCAACUAUGGAGUUUCAGCAUCAUCAGAGAAAGAGAUAUGUUUCUCAGCUGCAGAAAAUUGUGUCAAAUCAGAGAGAAAUUGUGGAACAGCAUGAGAGGGAUUUGAAGGCAAAGAUCAGAAUGAAAGUUGACACCAUGGAAAAAGAAAACACAAAGUUGAAAGAAGAAAAUUGCUAUUUAAAGAGGCUUAUCAGUGAAAAGAGUCAUGGAAGUAUAAUGAGGUAAUGUAACUUAAGUUUGACAAAUUGUUCUUUGAAAAGAU